CACUUAGACGAGGAAUGAAGUGUCAAUUAACAUGCCCAACCUUUCCUUCUUUGCUGCUUUUACCUGCCAGGAGGUACAGGGGGGAGAAAGAGCCAAAGUCGAGAAUCAAAGGAAGAGAGGAAAGUAGGCGCUGAGAAGCUGGAAAUGAAACUGGAACACUGGUGGAAUUACGAGGAAGGCGUGGCAGGAGAGCGGCAAGCCAACCGGGAAGAGCCGCAGGCCGAUGAGACCCAAGGAGGGUGCUCGCGGGAGAAGGACAAAAAUGAAAAGGGGUGACGGGGUGAAGAGCGGCCGAGGCUUUGAUGACAGCUCGGAGUGGGUCUUCGACUCGCAGGGGCCCGCGAGACCCGGGAACCCUCCAUUGUGCGCGCCCCUCCACCCCACUCCAUUCCACUCCCCACUCCCCUCACCUCCUCCCCUCCCCGCCGCGCCCGAGCCCGAGCCCGAGCCGGAGCCCGAGCCCUCGCAGCUCCGGGCCGCAGCACCCGUCGUCGCCUGUUCCCCCGCUUUGCCCGAGUGGUUACCAGUGACUCAGGAACUGAGCUUCCGAAAAUUUAUAGAACAAUCUGAUUUACUAGAGGAACUUAAAUAUGACUUCAAUGAAAAAGCUGAAUUGAGACACACUGAGACACAUAAGCCUUUUGUCUUUAACUAUUAUAAAAAUGUCCUGGAGAGGAAUAGCAAGCGCUACCAGGCCCUUGGCCAUUUGCUUGAACAAUACAUUUAUGAACUUUUGGAAAAAGUGUGCAAAUUACAAAAAGUAUAUAUCCCACCAGAGGCUGAUAAGGAACCAAGAAGCUUCUUUUUCAUGAGUGAGAGAGCAUUAACAAGUCAUCAUUCUGCUCUUCUCGUCCUUCUUCAGGACCGUGGGGUCUUUAGAGCUGGUCAGUGGAGUCAGCAGGCAGUAAUACAUCAUGGUCUCCAACAUGGAAGUCAGAUACCAUGUAUUCAAAUGGCAUUGCAGGCACAUUAUGAUGUAAUUGUGCUAAACCCCAACGACAAUUUUGUGGACCUGCAGACAGAAAAAGAGUGGAAAGGCCUUUUAACACAAAAUGUUGAGUCUCCUUCCAGAAAAAUGGUUCAGACUGAGAGCUUUUUAUCUCUCCAGCAGUCUCUCCAAUGUAUUCCAAAAAGAUGCAGCAACACUCCUGAAGAACACAUGGCUUAUAUUUGGGAUUACUUCAUUUCAAAGGCUGAAGGCAAGGAUGUUGCCUUCCUUGUACAUGGUUAUGGAGGCUUGGUUUUUAUGGACUUGCUUGUUCGUAGAAAGUGGGAAGUAAUGAGCAAAGUAUAUGCUGUUGCACUUAUUGACUCUGAACAUCAUGUAGGACACCAGCUGGGGAGUGACAUCCAGUUAUUAGCAUGGAUAAAGCACCACUGCCGUGAAUGGGUGACAAGUCCAAAGCCUUUGGAUAAACCUGCAGCUACUGUUUUGAAAAAGGAGUUUCCCACGGUUUCUGCUGGUACAGAAGAACACAACUUAGCCCCUUCCUCUAGCCUUCAGUCAAUUUUUAAAUACUUCAGAAAAUCUUUGAAAGCCAAAGCAGCUAUUAAUUUCUCUCGAGUGCCCAUAGUAACUAGAAGCUCCACAAAAAGAAAGCAAAGUGCUUAAGUUACUUUUUUGCCAUCUAAGAUUGUUUUGUCCCACUGAAACUUUGCUAAUGUAGAUGCUAGAAGAAAAAGAAUACUUCCAACUCAUAGGCAGUAUGUUCUGGCUUGAAAUUUGAUUUGUUAACUCUUUUAAAAAGUGAGUAUGUUCUCUUCCGUAGCCUAUUGAUGAACCAGGAAGUCAGUCAGUACUAUCAUUAAUAUUUUACAGUAUUAGUCAAAUUAAGAGUAGUCUAGUUAGAGGAUCUUCUUUUGAAAAGAUUUCUCAGUUUCAUAGAAUGACACCAAAACUGUAGUUGAUAGAAAUUAAAGACUAAGUCAGUGUUUGACUUCUGCAUUCUUAAUGCUGUAUUAAAAAUAUAAGUGAACAUAAAAAUUAAACAUCAUA